AUGAGAUCUCUCCUGAUCUUGGUGUCCCUUCUCGGCUUUGUCGUCAUCAGUUUAGCCGAUGAUGAUUCGGGAGAACAUGUAGUUGAUGUGAACAAUUUGGGAAAUGAUUUGACGAAAGAUCUUGGAUCUGAUGUUGAAGACUUUAAGAAAUUCAAUAAAAGAUUCAACAAAAAGAUCAAGCAAAAGGAUUUCAAAAAAGCGGCUAAAGCUUUUAAAGAAAACAAUAGCAAAUUGAAGGCAUUACAAGAAAAAAAUAAAGGAAAGAAAUUCAAACUGAAAAUGAAUCGAUUCAUGGCUCUACCCGAGGAGGAAUUUCAAUCGACGGUUCUGAUCUCUCCGACUUCGAUGAAAUUCAACUCAAAGACUCGCGCUAUUGAUCGAAAGGAGGCAAAGAAGUUAAGACAAGCGAAACGAAAAGCGAAACAAGAAGAGAGAAAAAAGAAAAGAUUGAACAGAAAGAAAGAGAAAACGGCGAAAAAAGCCGGGAAACAAGCGGCAAGAGCACAGGCAAAAGCGGCGAGACAACAGAAGAGGACGGGAAAGAAACACAAAAGAGAUACCGGAGAGGCUGAAGUGAGUGAAGUUGCUGAGGAAGAAGAGCCAAUUGAAAAUGAAGAGUGGGCUGAGGAAACAAAUACUGAAGAAGAGCCAUAUGAUCCACGAAUUGAUGACAAAUUGCCCGAGAAAUUCGACUGGAGAGAUUAUGGUGUUAUCACACCGGUCAAAGAUCAAUCAACUUGUGGAAGUUGCUGGACUUUCAGCGCCAACGGAGUGCUCGAGGCUCAACACGCGCGGAAGCACCCGGGCGAGUUGCUCGAUUUGUCGGAACAACAAAUUAUGACCUGUGUCUCACCGGAUCGACUGCAUAUUUGCAAAGGAGGAAAAAGCGAGGAUGUUUUCGAAUAUUUCUUGAAUAACAGUUUGGUGACUGAAGCGGAAAACCCGUAUACACCAUCGAAAACGAUCACUCCCCGAGAUGCGGGAUGCAAGAAAAUUAUUUCUCCUAAAGUCAAAGUCGCUUCACACGUCAGUCUCCGCGGGUCAACAGUUGAUGAGAUAAAGGAUGCUUUGAUUCAAGAUGGACCGAUUUCUGUUGGUGUCUAUUUGAAUCCAGAAUUUGAUUACUAUGCUGGUGGUUUAUUCGAUGCUCCUUGCACAGAUCAUGAAGCUGGUGGACAUGCAAUGAUCAUCGUUGGAUACGGAAAAGAAGACGAUGGUACACCGUAUUGGAUCAUCAAGAAUUCUUGGGGCGAAGAUUGGGGAGAAGGCGGCUAUAUUAAGUGGAAAAUGGGCGACAACUUGUGCAGCGUUGAAUCGAAAAGACUCAAUCAAGCGCAAAUCGUU